AUGGACGCAGCCGAGGACUGGGAGGUGAAACUGCAGCGGGCAUCCGGGGAUCUUGUCUUGGAGUUCGCGGCCAAGCUGCCCUCACUGUUGUGGCGAUCCCAACAUGGAAGCCCCUCCUCCCCCACCCCACGCCAGUGGGUGCAAGUCUCCAAAACGGAGAAGCUAGUCGGGCUGCUUGAGCCUUUCCAAGAAUGGCCCCAACUCUUGGAUCCGCAUCUGCAGAAGCUUCUGCCUCCUUUAGUGGAUGCGUUUCUGGCAUUUCUGGUCAAGCAUCGCGACCAGUAUGGCUCUGUCGCUAGCUCAACGCAGGAUUCAUCAGUGUAUCCCCUUCCCAGAGCGAUCUGCAGGCUUCUUUAUACAUUCUGCAAAGUCCGCGGCGUCAAGGUGAUUAGCCGGUUCUUGAACAAUGAGCCCAAAUAUCUUGAGGCGAUGCUGCGGGCAUUUAUCGAGUGGGACGUGGACCACUCCUCUCAUUCCAUGGACCAUCUGAUCGAGUCCGAGUCGCGGCGGCUAGUCUGGGAAGAACGCUAUAUGAUGCUAGUCUGGCUCUCCCAUCUCCUGCUCGCUCCGUUUGACUUGGCUUCGUUAUCAUCGGAUGAUAUCCCUGUGCCUUAUGCCAAUCUGCAGCAGCUAGAUUGGUUACGUCCCGAGACUCCGAUGGUCGCCAAAUCCCUUCUGUCAGUGUCGUUGCACUAUAUCAGUGCGUCGGGCAAGGAGCGUGAGGCUGCCACGGCGCUGUUGGCACGUCUUGUUCUCCGCGGGGAUAUGCAAGCACUUGGCAUGCUUUCUGGGCUGACAAAUUGGGCGUUUUCCAUUAUUCAACCAGCAGAGAAUGUUGAAUCGCCUUCGGUCUAUGCUUGCAUUGGAGUCCUUUCCUUUAUUGCCCGCUUGGGCGCAUCGGGUCAAGUGGAGGAUUUUGCUCCUUUGCUGAUCCCGGUCUUCGAAAAAACUCUCCGCGUUUCUCAAGGAGAGUCCGAGGUUUCUGUUACCAUUCAGUCUUCCGCCUUGGCCAGAAAGAUUAUCGUCAAGAUCCUUCGCAACAUCACUACCAUGGCUUUGUCUCUCAGCGAGCGAGGGGACGGCCGGAUUACGGAUGAUCAAUUGUCUACGGUUCUGGAGGAGGCUAUUGAUUAUUUCCUUGUUGCUCUUGCCGACAAGGACACCCCUGUGCGAUUUGCUGCUAGCAAAGCCCUCAGCAUCAUCGCUUUCAAGCUGGAGCCAGAAAUGGCAACCGAAGUCAUUGAGGCUGUCAUCGGCUCAUUGGGAGAAAACAUACUCUAUGAAAAGGACGACGGGACUUUGAUGACUCCCUUCGAGGUGCGGAAAAUUGGCGCGCACACGCUCAAACGCAACUUGAGUGCCGUCGACGCUCAGCGGUGGCAGGGAUUAAUGCUGACUUUAUCCCAUCUUCUUUUCCGGCGUGCGCCUCCAACUUAUCAACUCCCAAACAUUCUGCAGUCCCUUGUCUCCGGUCUUGACUUUGAGCAGAGGUCAUCGACGGGCAUCUCUGUGGGAACUGGUGUGCGGGAUGCUGCUUGUUUUGGCAUCUGGGCCAUGUCUCGAAAAUAUACGACUGCAGAGCUACUGGCCUUACAACCACAAGUAAUCCCCUCGUCGUCCGGAAAGCAGGAAGUUAAUGUCCUACAAAAGCUGGCCGUGGAACUAGUGUGUGCAGCCUGUAUAGACCCCUCUGGAAACAUUCGGCGCGGUGCAUCUGCUGCUUUGCAAGAGUUGAUUGGCCGGCACCCCAAUACCAUUGCCGAAGGCAUUCCUCUUGUCCAGGUCGUGGAUUAUCAUGCUGUCGCGCGACGAUCCCGCGCACUGAAUGAUGUUGCCAAAGCCACGGCAUCGCUGGACCAAAUCUACUGGAGUCCGCUCCUGGAGGCUCUGGUGCACUGGAGAGGUGUUGGAUCUCCUGAUGCCGAAUCCCGGCGACAUGCAGCACGGUCUAUUGGAAAUUUGAGUACACAGCGGAGUUUCGAAUCUUUGGGGACGGUGUUGGAUCGACUGCUGCGCAAGCUCUCCAGCAUCCCUCGAAGUGAUGUAGAAUCGCGACACGGCUGCGUGCUCUCUAUGGCUGCAGCCACGGAUGCCUUUACCGGUCAGUGGGAAAAAUUCCCAGAUCAAAGGGAUACGCCUGAAUCGAAGAGUGUGUCUACCCAAGUGGCCAAUUUGUGGGAGAUUUUCGGUUCUCCCUUGGCUCCCACCGAUAACGAUUUAACCCUUCAAACUUCUCGUCCCGAAUUGACCGCAGAAGCAUUUUCUCGUUUAAUCUCUUCGCUGUCUCGGUCUACCGUCACAGCGGGAUUGGUGCGACCCUCGGAGGCACUGCUUGAUCGGGCACUUCGAAUCCUUUCGCUCAGUGUAUCUCGAAGCGAGGAUGUUUCUAUUGAAGCCUCUUCUGAUUCUUUAUCACAGCUAUUCCCCCUCUUGUCACAAGAAAAGGUGCACCAAACUGUGCAGGCUUGGUUUUCUCAUCUCCAUACUUCAUGGAGACUACCAACAGGUCGUGGCCAGAUCUCAGCCUUGGGUGCUGUAUUCAACCGACUUGAUGCAAAUGGUGGCCUUCGGGAGGACAUUGUAACCGAGUUGCUCCGCUGUGCCGGGAAAGGGGAGCUUAUAGAGAAGCGAGUUGUUGCGGUCAAGUGUUUGGCCACCAACGUCUUGCCAUAUACAGUGGUCACGGAUACACUUGCGAAUAGUUUUCUUGAGUAUCUGAAUGACUAUACCACCAACAGACGGGGUGAUGUUGGAUCGUUGAUUCGACUGGAGGCAAUCCAAGCUGCAGGCACCCUCGUACAAGGAGACUCUAAAUCACCGACGCGCUCACCACUUGUCCAAAACUUGGUCGGGUGUUUGUGCCGUCUCACAGCCGAAAAACUCGACAAAGUCAGAUUACAAGCAUGGCUUUGCCUGCAGAGUUUCUGGGAGUCGGCAGAGGAUCUCCCGGCCCUUCAGCGGAAAUACGAGCAUUUCAGCCAUGUCUCAUCGCAAGAGUACUUCAUGCAGCUCCUCACCCUGCAGCGCAUCGACUGGCUGCGUCUUCCGCUGCUACAGGGCCUCGCCACUUCUGCAGUUGCGGGAGCUGAGGGUCUCGUCCGGGCAUCUCGAUCGGCUCUGACUCGGUUUCUGGAAUCAUUUACACCAGCCGAGCGACACAUGAUCUUGACGACCUUUGUGCAAGACUUGACAACCAUAUUGGGUGACAACCUGCAAGAUGACCGCUACGCAAUUCCCACUGUCGAGUUCCUCGCCUUUCUCAUUGAUAGCUACAUUAAUACCACGCCCUCAGAGGCAGAAUCUAGUUUCCGGAAAUUAUUCGUCCUGGCCCAGCGAUCACAUUUCAGGUCCUCGAAUAUGGCUCGACUGGAAGCCGCGGUCAAACUGUAUGCGGCAUUAUCCAGGGUCGAGCCUCUGCGAGUGGAUGUUCUCAAGAAGUUGACCGGGAUGCUGUUGCACCCUUUCCCUCGGGUUCGGUCGAGUGUUGCGGAUUAUCUGCUGGUGCUUACGGACUCGGAAACUAUCAAGUAUGAGGACUGGUCGGCUCAGCCUAAGCAGCUCAAGGGACAGGUGGAGAGUCUGCGUGCUGUCCUAUUGAGUGGUUGA